UAUGACAUAUAUAGAUACACAGUCUUGGAAGAAUGAGUUAUUUGGUUAUGAAUUAGAAUAAUUUCCAAAAUACGAAGAAAGAAAGAAGACAACGUUGCUUUUGGUUUAACGUUUACGAAGUUGAAGCAGCAGCCGAAGAAGAAGACGACGACUCUUCUCUUUCCAGAUAUUGUUAUUAUCUCAACUCUUCUCUUGUAAUCAAUCUCUUUCUCGAGUUUCUGCUCUUGAAAAUUUCUGCUCAGAAGUAGGAGCUUUGCAUUCAUCAACGCUCUCUUUCACUGAAGAACAUAUGGCAGAAAAUGUUAAAGAGCAUGGAGCUGGAAGUGCAGAGCUGGUUAAAUCCAUGGGUGAUAAUAAAUAUGCUAGUCUCAUGAGACCAGCUGGUAGAUAUUACUCUGCUAUUAAAGAUGUUAUGGUUUGUGGGAAAGGAAGAUAUACGCUUGUAAAAGACGUGGACGAUGUGGAAAAUGGAGCUUAUGACAAACCUCUUCCAUGCUUCGGUUGUGGAAUCGGAUGGUUCUCCUUUCUCCUGGGGUUUGUAUUCCCAUUCCUGUGGUACUAUUCGACGUUUCUCUAUUUUGGGAACUACUACCGCAAGGAUCCUAGAGAAAGAGCAGGACUUGCUGCUUCCGCAAUCACUGCGAUGGGAUUGUCCCUCUUGCUACUGGUGAUUGUUGCCUUCAGGUGGUUUUAGUGGCUUAUUCUUACGUAUACACCAUUAUCUUGACAUAUAUAUGUAUGAUCUUGGUCCUGUUCUUGUCAAAAGGAUUAUAGAGGAUGGACUUAGAUGUUUGUCUGUACAUUCAUUUUAAAUACUAUAUACCU